AUGGCUAUGUCAGGUAGAAGGCUCCCUCAACAUCUACUUCAAGCUGUUUUGAUUCUGUUCCUUUUCCAGCAAAGAGUUGCGGAUUCCGACGUAAUUCGUUGCAGAGAAGAGGAAAAAGAAGCGCUACUCGAAUUUAGACGAGGCCUGAUAGAUAGUUUGGGCACUUUCUCUUCUUGGGAAAGUAAAGAUAAAAAAGAUUGCUGUGAAUGGGAAGGAGUCCUGUGUCUUCAAACCGGUCAUGUGUACGGACUAAAGCUUGCUGAACAGCUAUUGACAGGUACCAUUAAUGCUUCUUUACUUCAUAAAAUGCAUCAUUUCGGCUUUCUAGACCUUAGUUACAAUAAUUUUAGUGGGAGCCCAAUCCCUGAGUUCAUUGAUUCUGUCAAAAACUUGAAGACCCUUCGUCUCUCUUAUGCUGGUUUUAAAGGACCAAUUCCCCACAGGCUUGGAAACCUUUCCAGGCUGCAACUUCUUGAUCUCAGUGGCAAUGAUGGUUUAUAUAAUAUUGGAAACAUUGAGUGGCUUUCUCAUCUUUCUUCUUUAAGAUAUCUUGACUUAGGUGACUGCGAUCUUUCUAGAGCAGAUGAUUGGUUUCAAGUCAUUAAUAAGCUCCCAUUUCUCAAUGAACUUCGGCUAGCUUGGUGUCGCCUUCCAGAGAUUACGUCUUGGACUCCCCUGAAUGUCAAUGCUACUGCAUCUUUUCUGAACCUCGAUCUUACUGAAAACAAUGUAACUAAUUCAAUAUAUCCAUGGUUGUUCAAUGUCAGUAGAAAUCUUAACGAGAUCAAUCUCAAUUAUAACCUUUUACAAGGAGAGAUUCCUGAAGCUUUGGGACAUUAUAUGGUUUCUCUUACCAGUCUCUUUCUAGUGUCCAACGAACUAGAAGGUGGGUUUCCAAAGUCCAUCGGAAAUAUGAGUUGCUUGCAUGCAGUAGACUUGUCUUACAAUAAUCUUAUAGGACAACUCUCUGGGUUCAUUCAAAAUCUAUCUGGUGGAUGCACAGAGAAGAAGCUGGAAUCAUUGUAUUUAUCAGGUAACAAAAUCACUGGAUCAGUGCCUGAUUUUACGAGAUUUUCAUCCUUAAAAAAUUUAGGACUUGGACAAAAUCUGUUAAACGGAACCAUUUCCAAAAGCAUCGGACAAAUGUUCAAUCUUGAAAUUAUAGAUCUUGGUCACAACUCCUUGAAAGGUAUCAUUUCUGAAGAAUUUUUCUUAAACCUUUCCAAAUUAGAGAUUUUGGACUUAUCUCACAAUUCUCUUGUUUUGGAAUUGAGAGAUGAUUGGGUUCCUCCUUUUCAAGAAAUUUAUUCUCUAUCUCUUGCCUCCUGCAACAUGGGGCCUCAUUUUCCAAAAUGGAUCAGAAUUUUAAAAGAGUCUGGUGUGUUUUUAAUUCAACUUGAUAUCUCCAAUGCUGGCAUCUCAGAUACAAUACCUGAUUGGAUUUGGCCUAUGUUCAAGUAUUUAGGCUAUUUCAACAUCUCAUACAAUCAUAUCAAGGGAAAUCUCCCAGAUUUUUCUUUACUAGAUCCAGCUCUAGAUCCAUAUCAAGCUUUCCAAAUAGAUAUGAGCUCAAUCCAUGUUGAAGGACCGAUUUUAUCACUUCCAUCGAGUGCAUCAUACAUUAAUCUUUCUGGAAAUAAGUUUUCAGGACCAGCUUCUUUCAUAUGUUCUGCUUCUGUUGAAUAUCUGACCUAUCUUGACCUCUCUAAUAACCUACUAUCAGGAAUACUUCCGGAUUGUUGGGCAAAAUUUGAAAGUUUACUUGUUCUUAAUUUGGGAAAUAAUGCCCUCUCUGGAAAAAUUCCACCGUCGCUGGGCUCGCUGCAUAAAAUUCUUACGUUGAGAUUGAGCAGUAAUAACUUCUCUGGAGAGGUACCAACUUUCAGCAACUUCACUAGGUUGAGAAUUUUAGAUCUUCAGCACAAUGCAUUAUCUGGAAAGCUACCUGAAUGGAUAGGGGAGAGUCUUCCAAGUUUACUUGUUCUUAAUCUAGGAUCUAACAGAUUCAAUGGGAACAUACCUUUGCAGUUGUGCCAUUUAGUAAAUAUUCAAAUCCUGGACCUUUCCUUGAACAAUAUCUCCGGAAGUAUACCCAACUGUUUCAACAAUUUCACGGCUUUGUCUGAAACAACAAGUUCCCAUGUUGCCAUAUCCUACGUAUACAAUGGACUAUACUCAGGGGGAGAGCAUAAGUAUAUCGACAGCGUAUGGUUGACAUGGAAAGGAACUAAAUAUGAGUACAAAAAUACUCUGGGGUUAGUGAAGUACCUUGACCUUUCCUGCAAUAAAAUGAUUGGAGAAAUUCCUCAAGAGAUUAUGAAUCUGGUCGGAUUGAUUGCCUUGAAUCUAUCCAGAAACAAUUUAAGUGGACCAAUCAGUCCCAAGAUUGGUCAGUUGAAAUCUUUGGAUUUCCUCGAUCUCUCGAGAAAUCGAUUUUCUGGUGAAAUUCCAUCAAGCCUUUCUCUAAUAAGUCGCCUCGGUGUUAUGGAUUUGUCAUACAACAAUUUUUCAGGGAAAAUUCCAACAGGCACUCAACUUCAGAGUUUCAAUGCCUCCGUGUAUGAAGGGAAUCCUGGACUGUGUGGCCUCCCACUCCCAAUAAAAUGUCCUGGAGAAGAACCAGCACAAGCUCCAUCUACUAUGAAAGGCAAAAUUCCGGAAGAUGGGUUUAUAAGCCUUGGGUUCUACGUAAGUUUGAGCCUUGGUUUCAUUGUAGGGUUCUGGGGAGUUUGUGGCAGUCUAGUGCUGAGUCAGUCAUGGCGACAUGCCUAUUUCAAGUUCUUGGGUGAUAUGAAAGACAGGAUCUACGUAACAGCAGCAAUAAAUUUUGCCAAACUGAAGCAAAGGUUCAAUAACUAAAUGGUAAUACUUGGUUUAA